AUGUCAGAUGAUGAAGAGGAGAAUAACAACCGACUUAUUUUAUUUCUGUUCCUCGAUUCUGUCGCCAUCAGCGAGACCUCAAGCGCUACCCUUCCUCAAUCUAGUACAUUAACCCAGGAGGAAGGGACCGUCGUCACCAACGCUCUUCCAGGUGGCGGAUUCAGCGCACCUGACCUGAAUAACCCUCCUACAUUCCUUCAAAACUUUCAAGGGACUGGCGAUGUCAAGUUUCAUCAGGGUGGAUGUCACAAGGAGGAUGGCAUCUCGGAUGAUGGUUGUGCUUCUUUGACAGCAUCUGGAAACCCAGCCGGCAAGCGUGACCUCGGCUCCAUGGCUAGUAUCUUCCAGAUGCUCAACUCUCUAAGCACCGGUGCAAGGAGUCGAUAUACGGUCCAGUUCUACUACUUUGUCGCUUCUGGUCGUAGCCAGGCCUGUACCGUCAGUGCUUCACUGGGAAACACACAGUUCUACUCCAGCUCGCUUUCCAGCUCUGGUGGUGCAAGUGUCUUGUGGAACUAUGUUCUUACCACUGUCGUUGCCGACUCUGCUUCUGCCGUCUUCUCCAUUUCCAUGUCUUGCACUGGCAAUGGAACUUCUAUGAUCCUCGUCGACUCGAUCUUUAUCUCGAACCAAGUUACUCCCCAAACCAUUGGUGAUGUCAAGCUUGAUUUUGGGACACCUGCAGUUGAUCCUGUCAACACAUCUAAAGCACCUGUCACCACUGAUAGACCACGCACCGCGAGCCUCCUUUCUACCGCCGCCACAGAAUCCCUCGAUACUGUUACCGAGGAGCCAAUCCAUCCGUCCAGCGAAGUCUUCUCCACCGACAUUGAUCAGACCACUGAACCAGUCAACUUCCCUCUCAUCAUUCCCAAGCCCAAUACGGUCGUGACUCAAUCCCAGAAUGAGGAGGUCACUCCCACACCUGGCACUCCAGCUAAUACCCCUGUCAUUCUAGUUACUCCUGCCGGCCCCGGCACUUCUGUCACUCCUGUCACUUCCGGUACUCCUGGUACUCCUGCCCCCACGAGGGACGCUGCUUCUCCCUCAGAGACCUCAUGUUUGCCUAUGUGUAUUCCAAAAAGAGAUGCGUUCGAGCGCGACUGGGCUUGCGAUGUUCUUGGUAUCUACAGUGGCCCAACUUACACCUAUAUACCAGAUUGCAAUUCAUCUGCUCUGGUCAAUGGAGAGUGCCGUUUCACCGAUGUAUUGAUUCGCAGGUCUGAGAUUCAGACUCUGGACAGCACAGCACCCAACCAGGGUUUCUGGAACGAACAGAGAUGUUUCCGGUGCAACGACUGUUCCCUGCCACCACUCUUUAAUCCACCAACAAUUACCCAUUCUCAAGCGGAAGUCUCUUCUACCACUGCGCCCGAAGAGACCAGGACGAGAAGCACAGAGGCCACUCCCACGGAGACGAGAAACAUUGUCUGUGGCUAUGUCGGUCAAUACACUGGUAGUGGUGGUCCUUAUGAGGCUAACCACACGGCCUUCCCUAAGCAAAGCAGUCUCAAGGAUUGUAGACAGGCUUGCGACGGCAUUUGCGACUGUAAGGCUGUUGCGUUUGUCACUUGGAACAAGUACCAAAGCUCAGGUUACUGUCUCUUCGGUGACAACCGCAUCACGUGGGACACUCUGGUGACCGAUGAGCAAGCUACUUACAAGACUGUUUGGGCAGAUCCGGAAUGUGACUUCGAUCUGAUCUCUGUUUCUGAGCUGUCAUUCCCUACAACGACCAUGACACCUGUCGACUCUCAACCUACGACACUGGCUACACGGACCUCCCAACAGCCGGAGACCACGACGACACCUGCUGAAGUAUGUAUUUUCAACCGUGGUCAAUCAUGUACAAUGGCCCCAGGGAAGCUAGAGGCCGGCACCCAGUGGAAGGAAAGUCGUGAAGACUACCAUUAUCAGGACACCCUGGAGCAGUGUGCUGCCAUUUGUCAAGCUAUGAAGAAUUGUGAAUCUGCCGGAUACUGGCAGACUGAAAACCGUUAUCUCUUUACUGCCAAGAAGAUCACCGAGUCUUAUUUCACCAUCAACAACGAUCGCAGCUUCGAACACGUUACAUGGACACAUAAAUCCUGCUGUGCAUGCCCAUCCUGCCAAGCAACCCCCGCGCCUAUCACUCGUGAUAUAACCUGUUCCUAUGAACAAGGCGACGUUUGUCAACGCGUGACAUCGAACAAGGACGGUGCUCUGUGCAAUUACCAAGGCUUCUGGGAAAUGGCGUGGAUGGAGUCUCUGGAGAGGUAUCCUGACCAGAGCUCACCUGCCAAGUGUGCGGCUAUCUGCCGUACGAGGGAAGAUUGCAGGGGAUCUGGAUACAAGGAUAGUAGAUGUAUGUUUUCACCUUUUGUCCUCGAAUCCCAAAAGUUUAGAGCUUGGCCGGAUCAUUCGAGAGAUGGAGUUUGGGAUGACAUCUCUUGCUUCCAGUGCCCACACUGUGCUUAA